AGCCAUCGCAUCAACAACCGCUUCAAGCAGCACUUCGUCUCCGCUUAGGUAAAAACCUACCUACCCGUCUUUGAUUUUCUCUUAUCGACCUCUGAAUCUUCGACGCAAUGGCUGGGAGAGGGAAGUCGAUCGGCUCCGGUGCAGCGAAGAAGGCCACGUCGAGGAGCACCAAGGCUGGACUCCAGUUCCCCGUCGGCAGAAUCGCCCGGUUCCUCAAGGCCGGGAAGUACGCGGAGCGCGUCGGCGCUGGUGCUCCCGUAUACCUCGCCGCCGUCCUGGAGUACCUCGCCGCUGAGGUUUUGGAGCUCGCUGGGAAUGCUGCGAGGGAUAACAAGAAGACGAGGAUCGUCCCCAGGCACAUUCAACUCGCAGUGAGGAACGACGAGGAGCUAUCGAAACUUUUGGGAGAGGUUACAAUCGCCAGCGGCGGCGUGAUGCCCAACAUCCACAAUCUCCUCCUUCCUAAGAAAGCAGGCGGCUCUUCAAAGGCUGCCCCUGGAGAUGAUGAUUAAAGAGAUUCAAUCUUACGCAGACUGCCUAUUGGCUAUGGAUUGAAGAUCUUGGAAUCGUCUUGUGCAAUAUUAAUAUUAUUUUUGCUUUUGGUUUUGGGUUUUUGUAGUUUUUUUUGGGUAUGUUUUUUAACUUGUGUAAUGAGAGUCUUGGCAUUAUGUCUCGGUGCUGCCUUAUUCAACUUUGUAUCGUUAUUGAGCAGCACAUGGGCUUUUAAUAUUAACCUUCUAAGUUGUCUCAAUUACAAUGUGAUGAGAGUUGAUUUA